AGGUAUUCGAACCCCCCCCCCGGAAGAUGCCAAGACAGUCUGGGUGGUGACUUCCGGCUUGCUGAAGAAAGUUGAGCUGGGGAGGUUUGCUGGCUCCUGGGUUUUGCAAAAUGGAUAGCCAGGGAAGGAAAGUGGUGGUUUGUGACAAUGGAACCGGGUUUGUGAAGUGUGGCUAUGCAGGCUCCAACUUCCCCGAGCACAUCUUCCCUGCCUUGGUGGGCAGGCCAAUCAUUCGCUCCACAGCCAAAGUGGGCAACAUUGAGAUUAAGGACCUGAUGGUGGGCGACGAGGCCAGCGAGCUGCGCUCCAUGCUAGAGGUCAACUACCCCAUGGAGAACGGCAUCGUCAGGAACUGGGACGACAUGAAGCACCUGUGGGACUACACCUUCGGGCCUGAGAAGCUCAACAUCGACUCCAGGAACUGCAAGAUCCUGCUCACCGAGCCGCCCAUGAACCCCACCAAGAACCGAGAGAAGAUCAUCGAGGUGAUGUUUGAGACGUAUCAGUUCUCAGGGGUCUACAUUGCUAUCCAGGCUGUGCUGACGCUCUACGCCCAAGGCCUGCUGACAGGUGUUGUGGUGGACUCUGGGGACGGUGUGACACACAUCUGUCCGGUGUACGAGGGCUUCAGCUUGCCCCAUCUGACACGACGCCUGGACAUCGCUGGGAGGGACAUAACCCGCUACCUCAUUAAGCUGUUGUUGCUGAGGGGCUAUGCGUUCAACCACUCGGCGGACUUUGAGACGGUGCGAAUGAUGAAGGAGAAGCUGUGCUACGUGGGUUACAACAUCGAACAGGAGCAGAAACUGGCUCUGGAGACCACCGUGCUGGUCGAGUCCUACCAGCUCCCAGACGGCAGGGUGAUCAAGGUGGGAGGGGAGCGUUUCGAGGCUCCAGAGGCUUUGUUCCAGCCCCAUCUCAUCAACGUAGAGGGAGUCGGGGUGGCAGAGCUGCUCUUCAACACUAUCCAUGCAGCAGACAUCGACACCAGGUCUGAGUUCUAUAAACACAUAGUGUUGUCAGGUGGGUCCACCAUGUAUCCAGGUCUUCCAUCUCGACUAGAGAGGGAGCUCAAACAGCUCUACCUGGAACGCGUGCUGAAAGGCGACGUGGACAAACUCUCGAAAUUUAAGAUCCGCAUCGAGGACCCUCCGCGGCGUAAGCACAUGGUGUUCCUGGGCGGGGCCGUGCUGGCGGACAUCAUGAAGGACAAAGAUAACUUCUGGCUGACCAGGGAGGAGUACCAGGAGAAAGGUGUCAGGGUGCUGGAGAAACUGGGAGUCACUGUCAGAUAAAGACCUCCGCAAUGUUAAUGACCACAUAUACACACACACACACCACACACACACACACACACACACACACACACACAUAUAAAUAUCCAUAUAUUCACCCAAACACUGAAGGGUCAUCAUAGAGAAGCACCUAGAAUGGUGUAUGUCUAAAACACACACACACACGGUUUCCUCCCCCAUGGCAGACUAGAUAUCUAUUUAUCCUUCUUCCUCUUCUAAACAACAGAAUCACGGCAUCACCGUAGGGAGGGAUGACGCCCUCCUCCUCUCCUCCUGUUGUCUGAUGGUCUAGUAUAGUUUAGCUCAGGGUUGGUAGUAGAGUUCAGGACACCACUCCUCCAGCCCUCCUCCUGUCGUCUGAUGGUCUAGUAUAGUUUAGCUCAGGGUUGGUAGUAGAGUUCAGGACACCACUCCUCCAGCCCGCCUCUCCUCCUGUCGUCUGAUGGUCUAGUAUAGUUUAGCUCAGGGUUGGUAGUAGAGUUCAGGACACCACUCCUCCAGCCCUCCUCCUGUCGUCUGAUGGUCUAGUAUAGUUUAGCUCAGGGUUGGUAGUAGAGUUCAGGACACCACUCCUCCAGCCCUCCUCCUCUCCUCCUGUCGUCUGAUGGUCUAGUAUAGUUUAGCUCAGGGUUGGUAGUAGAGUUCAGGACACCACUCCUCCAGCCCGCCUCUCCUCCUGUCGUCUGAUGGUCUAGUAUAGUUUAGCACAGGGUUGGUAGGAAUUUUGGUAGUAGAGUUCACGGUGAAUAUCAAGUCUCCUGAAGAUAGAAAUUCACAUUUUCACAACACGGGGAAAGCAAUAUGGUGGAAAGUGAGUCAAGGAGUCUAUUUCCUCACUGUGCUAUUUUUUACCCUGACUAGUGCAGAUCAGGGUUGAGGUCAAUUUCAGUUUAGAAUUCUAUUUUUUUUUUAAGAAAGUGAAAACAGAAUGGUCCCCAACCUUAAUGCAGACGAGGAGACGAGGAGAACAACGUUAGACUAUUGAGACCCACCCCUAGAUCAGUUAAACCUCUCCUUAUCAAUCACUUCAAACUUCCCUGUCCUCUUCAUAAAGGAGUAGCUAGAAGCUGUCCCUAAUCGCUGAUGCAGGGUCAGAUGGUAUCAUAAAGGAGUCGCUAGAAGCUGUCCCUAAUCGCUGAUGCAGGGUCAGAUGGUAUCAUAAAGGAGUCGCUAGACGCUGUCCCUAUUCGCUGAUGCAGGGUCAGAUGGUAUCAUAAAGGAGUCGCUAGAAGCUGUCCCUAAUCGCUGAUGCAGGGUCAGAUGGUAUCAUAAAGGAGUCGCUAGAAGCUAUCCCUAAUCGCUGAUGCAGGGUCAGAUGGUCUCAUAAAGGACUCGCUAGAAGCUGUCCCUAAUAGCUGAUGCAGGGUCAGAUGGUAUCAUAAAGGAGUAGCUAGAAGCUGUCCCUAAUCGCUGAUGCAGGGUCAGAUGGUAUCAUAAAGGAGUAGCUAGAAGCUGUCCCUAAUCGCUGAUGCAGGGUCAGAUGGUAUCAUAAAGGAGUCGCUAGAAGCUGUCCCUAAUCGCUGAUGCAGGGUCAGAUGGUAUCAUAAAGGAGUAGCUAGACGCUGUCCCUAUUCGCUGAUGCAGGGUCAGAUGGUAUCAUAAAGGAGUAGCUAGAAGCUGUCCCUAUUCGCUGAUGCAGGGUCAGAUGGUAUCAUAAGGAGUCGCUAGAAGCUGUCCCUAAUCGCUGAUGCAGGGUUAGAUGGUAUCAUAAAGGAGUCGCUAGAAGCUGUCCCUAUUUGCUGAUGCAGGGUCAGAUGGUA